GCAAAAGUUGCUCCUUCUUUGUUACCAUUCUGCCUUCAGAUGCCUUUCGUCAGGAGGUUCUGCUGGGUGGAUAUGGUGCAAGAUGUUUGAAGGCAAUGAGAGAUCUGAAACAAAAUAAGCAAGGCUUGCCAGUGGCAGAGGAGGAACAGACCUAAGGCAAAGGCAAACAAAGAAACUGCCACGUAUUUAACAUUUAAUCAGAAAAAUGGGUCUGUCGAUCUCAUACCCACCAGAUGACUACCUUCCAGAGGAUGACGAGGACUCAGAUAGGCUAUUUGUCCGGUCCUUCAGCUUGGACAUUCUCAGCAGUCUCGACAGCCCUGAAUCGUCACCAGAAUAUCUCGAUGCCGUGAGCUCUAGGGAGCAUACGUUAAAAGGGUCCUUAAAUGCCAGGAGAAAAGAGUGUCACCCAUUACAUGUCGAAACCACAAUAUCCGUGGUGAGUCCUAAAGCAGAGAGAGACUGUUCUAACCAUAAGCACGGUUAUGGCAUUCCAAAAUAUGGGAACACAGAUUACCUGCCACCAAAUUCUCCGGUGGUCGCUAUGGUUAGCCCACAGCACCAGGAUGCAGCACUAAGGGUGCAGAAGGUAUACAAGAGCUUCAGGACAAGACGGCAGCUUGCUGAUUGCGCUGUUCUUGUCGAACAACGUUGGUAUGUUACAGUUUCAUGCGCUGUUUCUGUCACUGGUGCAAUGAUGCCUGAUAUGUGUGACCCCGAAUGCAGGUGGAAACUGCUAGAUUUCGCAUUGCUCAAGCGCAGUUCAGUGUCAUUCUUCGAGGUAGAGAAGCCGGAGACUGCCCUAUCAAGAUGGUCUCGUGCUAGAAUAAGAGCUGCCAAGGUAGGGAAAGGUUUGUCGAAGGAUGAAAAGGCUCAGAAACUCGCACUUCAGCACUGGCUAGAAGCAAUUGACCCUCGACACCGGUACGGCCACAACCUCCACUACUAUUACCAAAGCUGGCUUCGCUGUGACAGCCAACAACCUUUCUUCUACUGGUUGGAUAUAGGUGAAGGAAAGGAGGUUAAUCUUGAGAACCACUGCCCAAGAUGGAAGCUGCUGCAGCAAUGCAUCAGGUAUCUUGGCCCAAAAGAGAGGGAGUUCUAUGAGGUAAUAAUCGAGAAUAAGAAGAUGAUGUACAAGCUGAGCCGCAAGAUUGUCGACACCUCCGACGGCCCAAAAGAUGCAAAAUGGAUCUUUGUGUUGAGCACAACGAAAGAUUUGUACAUAGGCUCGAAGAACAAGGGCACAUUUCAGCAUUCCAGCUUCCUUGCUGGUGGAGCCACAUCUGCCGCCGGGAGACUAGUCGUGGCCGACGGAAUCCUAAAGGCUGUCUGGCCUCAUAGCGGGCACUACAGGCCCACGGAGGCGAAUUUCCGGGAGUUCAUGAAGUAUCUCAGGAAGAGGGACGUCGAUCUCACCAAUGUGAAGUUGAGCCCAUCAGAAGGCGAGGAGGACGAGUGGCUCAGUCAGAGGGGUAGCCUCACCCAGCCAGACCUAGCACCGGAGACCAGCAAGCCAGAGAAGCAGCAGGACACCCAGCCCCCUCGCGCCGACAAGAAGAAGAAAGUCAAAAUCGCUCCGACCACGCCACCUACCACCAGCGGCGGCGAGACGGGCGUUGGCUCGCCGGGGAUGAAGAGAUCCUCGUCGGGCACCCGGCUGCAGCGGAAGCGGCCGCCGAGGCUGACCGUGAGCAAGGACCGGCUGGGAAAGGGCGCGGCGGAGCAGGACGCCGGCGCGUUCGGGGACUGCCUGGACUUCUGCAAGGAGAACCUGUUCAGGAGCCUCGGCGCCGAGGGCGAGGAGGUUGUGGCUGUGGCGGAGGAGAAGAUCAUGCACCGGAUCAACUGCAAGAUGGCGCAGAGAUCGUACCAGCUCGGGCAGCAGCUGUCGCUCCGGUGGACCACGGGCGCGGGGCCCCGGAUCGGGUGCGUCCGAGACUACCCGCCGGAGCUGCAGUUCCGGUCGCUGGAGCAGGUCAGCCUGUCCCCGCGCGGCGGCGCCGGGCCGCCCAGGUUGGGGCAGAAGAGCCCGUGCGCGCCGCCCCUCGCGUCGUCGCCCCUCGGCGCGGCCGGGACCCCCGCGGCGCCGCCGCUUCUGCAGCACGGCGCGGCGUAG